ACUGGCGCCUGCGCAGUAACUCAGGAAGGCCGGGACGCCUCGGGCGGGCGGAGGAAUUUACGGUAGAGUUAAAUAGUGGGUCCAGCGGUCGCCGGAGCGGUGAGUGGUGGCGCUUCUAGGGAUCGGAGAAGGGACGGUGACGGACUGACUCGCGCGGUAGGAGCACGUCGGGUCAGGCGAGGCCUGGCCUGUGCUGCGUCGCCGCGGGAACCGAGGCAAGACAGACAGACGGCCGGCCGGCCAGCCAGCCAGCCAGCGAGGAGGACGACGACGAGACAGGGAGGAGGAGGAGAACGGCUGAGCCGACGGAGGGGCUCUAUGGCGUGGUUUGGGUUCCUGGGCGGCCGCGGCACCGACAGCUCCCUUCGCGGCUCUCGGUUCCCCUGAGAGGAACCCGCUUCGGGUUUUUUUUUCCCCCUGACGGCGCGAGAACCUGCGGCUCGUUUCGUCGCCGUUCCUCGCGCUGGGCCGGGGAGAGAAAGGGUCAGCCUUCGUCGUCGUCUCGUCGUCGUCGUCUUCAUCUUCGUCUCCCUCCCACACGGGCGGGGCGUGCCGGGGGCUUGGAGUGAAGUGGCGGCGGCGGCGGCAGCAGCGGCAGCAGCUUUCACAUUCUCUGCCUCUAUGAUGAAGUUCAAGCCAAACCAGACACGGACCUACGACCGGGAGGGCUUCAAAAAGCGGGCGGCGUGCUUGUGCUUCCGCAGUGAGCGGGAGGACGAGGUGCUGUUGGUAAGCAGUAGUCGCUACCCAGAUCAGUGGAUUGUUCCAGGUGGAGGGAUGGAACCAGAAGAGGAACCAGGUGGUGCUGCUGUCAGAGAAGUUUAUGAAGAGGCUGGAGUGAAGGGGAAACUAGGCAGAUUGCUGGGCAUAUUUGAGCAGAAUCAAGACCGGAAGCAUAGGACUUACGUAUAUGUUCUUACAGUGACUGAAAUUCUGGAAGACUGGGAAGACUCAGUUAAUAUAGGAAGGAAAAGAGAAUGGUUUAAAGUAGAGGAUGCAAUCAAAGUUCUUCAGUGCCACAAGCCUGUACAUGCAGAGUACUUGGAAAAAUUGAAAUUAGGGUGUUCGCCAACAAAUGGAAAUUCUGUAGUUUCUUCCCAUCCUGAUAACAGUUCUCUCUACGUUACUUCAGCACAGACUUCUGGGCUGCCCUCUACUGUAAGAUAAGCUUGGAAUUACUUUUUUGUUUAUUACAACAGGAUAUGUUUUAGUGGUCAUGUGCUGUAUAUGUAGUCUUUGAAAUACUGAGUGUGUGAACACUUAAUGUUCAGGCAUUAACACCUUUUUUUCUUUUUUAGCAAUGUUUAAUACUUCAGCAAACCAAAGCCAUACCGGGAUUUUAAAAAAGAUGCCUUAAAUGGCCCUCUUUGUGGGUUUUUUUAAAGCAUAGAUAAUUUAAGUACCUAAUUAAAAGGAGUGAAUUUAUAACUUGA